AUGGAAAGUAGAGAAACUUCGAAAAAUGGUUUCGAUUUUAGCAAUAUAUUUCCCAUAUGUAAAAUAGGAUUUAGUUGGAAGCCACAUAGUAUUGGAGGGAAUUUUGGCAGUCAUUUAACAAAAUUGUGUAGUGACUUUUAUAAUAACCAAAAAAUGAAAAAUGGUGUUUCCUCUUUUAGUCAACAGUGCCAUAUCGUCACUCUAUAUUUAUAUUAUUUAAGUAGUAUAAAAUCAGAAAUUAAUAUACAAGCAUGUUGUAAAUUUUUCUUUUACAAGUUAUGGGAUCUACUGGGUAAAUAUGGAUGGAGCUGUGGAGACACUAAAGGAUGUUAUGAAAAAAUGAAGAUUGAACAAAUAUCUACUUCUAAUCAAGAAAUUUCUAGUUUAUUUUCACUAUGUAGUGUUUAUCCAAUUGAUCUUAAUGAAGGUAUAUUUCAAAUAUUUAAAAGGAUAGAUGAAACAUAUGAUAAUUUAAGCUUAUUAAUAAGAGACAAUAGAAAUCCACAAGAAUCGAAAUUUCAACGUUUUAAAAGUGGGAUGAAUUAUUUAGAAAGUAUUCAUAAUAUGUAUAACGAUACUUUUAAACAAUUACUUAUAGAUUUUAAUAAUUCUUAUUUAACAUAUUUGAAAGGAUUAUUAAAUAGUAGGUAUUCCUCUGUCAAACCAUUCUUGAGCUAUCGCAUUAAGGAUAAAAAUAUUACAGGAGUAUUGAAUGUACUAGAUAAGAAGACACAAAUGCACGCACUAACAGGUACAGAUAAUGAUAGAGAUAUUAGUACAGAUAUGAAAACAAAUAAUGGUACACAAAUAAGUACAGGAAUAUGUUUUUUAGUCUUUAAUAUCAUAAUACCACAUUAUUUUCAGUACACAACUUUUGGAUCAUAUAUACAACCAAAGGCAAGAAUUGUAAGGAAACUAAUGAAGAGAAGCAAUAAAGAACGUAUGAGCUUGAGUGAUUCAUAUGAAAGGAUGUACCAUGAUUUAAAUGACAAAGUAUAUGAAAAAGCAUAUAUAUAA